ACACGGGAAACGCCAGUAUCUCAUCGAAUACCUCGUUGACUCUCUGUGCCAUAUACACAUACCAGGGUGACCAUUUGAUUGUUCAGAAUGACUGAUCUCUGACGGGAAACAGUAUAUAUCGGAGCAAAGCAAAUCAUGUCCGAGGCUGAGUAAGCCGGAGUUAAGAUAACCUUCAAUAACGCCGGCAUCAGCCAGUCACAGCUGGGGCUGUGAACAAAGACAGCGCAAACGGGCUGAGGAAGGGGCUGCGUCCCCACGAUGCUGCCUGAUCUCACGCGACCUUACGCACACGCUGCAGAUUACUCCUGAGGUCAGUGUGUAUAAAAUCAAACAAGAGACCCUUGUGUUUAUCUUUUGGAAAUCAAAUCGUCUGUUCUAUACCCAUUGUCUGCUUCAAUGGAGCCCGAUCGGGAUCAGGCGGCCGCGCCGGCGAAAGCUGACCAUCUCUGUGUGCUGGUACACGGACUAUGGGGUAACCCUGCUCAUAUGAACUUUAUCGCUUCGCGCUUAAGGGAACGGUACGACGAGGAUCGCCUAUACAUACUGGCCGCGGAGAAGAAUACGGGCAACCUGACUUACGAUGGUGUCGAGGUGUGUGGAGAGCGGCUUGCGCAUGAGAUUGAGGAGACAUUGGAACGAUUGGAAAAGGAUGGACAUAAGAUCAAGAAGCUGAGCGUCGUUGGAUACUCUCUUGGUGGACUGAUCGCGAGAUAUGCGCUGGGAUUGCUAUACUCUCAAGGCUGGCUCGACAAGCUUGAACCAACAAACUUUACGACAUUUGCCUCCCCGCAUCUCGGCGUCCGGGCCCCGGUCAGGGGUGCGCAAAACCUAUUCUUCAAUGGCCUGGGUUCUCGGACGGUGUCGCUCUCGGGACAGCACCUGUUCCUGACCGAUAAGUUUCGUGAUUCUGGAAAGCCGCUGCUUCGAGUUCUCGCAGAACCAGAUAGUAUCUUUAUACAGGGUCUGUCCAAGUUCAAGAACCGCUGCGUCUACGGCAACGUCGUCAAUGACCGCACCACGCCCUUCUACACCACGAUCUUCACCAGUGUCGAUCACUUUCAGGGCUUGGAGGACCUCAACAUCAACUAUGUGGAGGGUUACGGCUCGGUGAUAGUUGAUCCCGAUCUGUACACCCUACCGUCUCCGGAGAAACCAAAACUCCCUUUCUUCGCCCGAGUCAAGGAGAACAUUCGGUGCUUCUUCAGAAAGAUCCCGUUCUGGCUCUUAUUCACCGUAGUCCUUAUCAUCGCCGUUCCGAUCUUCCUUGUGUACGCUGUUGUGCAAACCUUCCGAAGCCGGGAUCGAUUACGUGCGCAUGAGAAACAUAGCGGAACCAUCUUCAAACGGUAUCGGGUCCCCGUUGCCGUCAAGCGUGUCCGGACUGCGAUGGACGAAGUGUUUGAGAAUGCGGCCGCGAGACAAGACCCCGACUACCUUUCUGGUAGUUCAGUACCCUCUGACAUUGAAUCUCAACCAGAGUCACCCGUCGGAAAGACAAAAACAGUGGAGGACGCACCAGGGAUUACCUCUACAGCAGAGAACUCCGCCGAACAGCCCGAGGGGUUAGCUCAAGUCGCAACUUAUGCCACCGCAAACGAAGCGCAAAAGCCGACGCUAGCCCUUACCCCGGAUCAGUUCUCCAUGAUCAAAUCGCUCAACCGCGUGGGUUUCCGCAAGUAUCCAGUCUAUAUCCACAACCACCGGCACACACACGCAGCGAUCGUCGUCCGAAUGGACAAGGAGGGCUUCGAAGAAGGCCACACCGUGAUCAAGCACUGGCUGGACAACGAAUUCGAACUAUAAAGAACGUUGCAUACGUAUCGUGAAUUACGCUGAAACGUCAAUACAGCGUUCUCCACAGAUACCCACCGAUUCUCAUGUACCCACCGACCGACCCCCACAUUCCACUCUGGGGGAGUUGCCGCUAAAUUCAACCUAAACUAACACCUCUGGAUUACUCUAACUUGAAAACAACGAUCAUCUUCGACAUUCGAAGCCACCCAAUAAGCGGUAUGGAAUGGGAAAACUUCCGCUUUGUCGACGGACUUCCUCAAAUAAGCGAGCCUCUUCCAUACGAUGUAGAAGGGGAGGAGAACGAGGCGCCCUCGUGGACGGAGGACGGAUCCCCGCCCCGCUCCUACCAGUGGCCGGCUUGAUGCCCAGAUCCUCGGUCCUUGAGUGAUGCACUGCAUCAUCUCUUUUCACACACCAUACACUUCACACACCUCCUAGAUAUUUAAAGCAGUAUAAUACACCUAUUAAUCACAAUGAACCAAUGACUCCUCAAAUCCUACCUGCUCAACCGUCCAGGUAAAGUAGCAAAACAAUAUCACCCGGAAUAUAGUUACCCGCGCCACACCGCACCACGGUACAUCACAUACCUACAUCACGCCUUCCCGGCAGCCAGCGGCUGCCGGCAUCGCCUCAACGCCUCCAGGGACUCCCCUCUGACGUCGUCCGCUGGGACAAAGUUACGCCACCGUGCGCUACCAUCCGGCUAGGCACUUCUAACUCCACAUUCAUUGGAGAAAACUAUCUUGUGGUACAGGCACCACCACAACCUACACGGCUUCCAGGGGGAAAGCAAGUUCGAAACUCUCGCGGAUUUGCCGGUUUGGGUCUUCCCGUUUUGCUUCCGAGGCGCUUCUCUUUGUUUCCCGGUAAUAAUAAUAGCUCGGCCUUAUGGAGGGAGAGCUAAGAUGUUAUGAAUAUGUGGUGGCUGAUAUAGUACAGUUCACAACCCCGGAGCUUCUACCACUCACAACUUCGGAGCCAUGAUCUCCAACGACGCGUAUAUUGGAGAUUAAUACUAUUGACAACCCGGGUAUCGCCGAUUUCAGGGAUUAUCGAGGAAACCCUAUCUUUAACCCGACCUCGUAGAACCACCACUGACAGCAUAACCAAACAACAACGGCACAAAUGACACCAGAGAAAAGUGGCGCGGGGAUCAGGCGAAGGAGGAAGAGCCGAGGCAAGCCCAAGCAAGUGUGGACACAUAGCAUUGCGCAGGUUAUGGAGUACGUUGUACUUUGAUGUAGCAAGAAAUGCAACAUACAUCGGGC